AUGUUGGUCACGCAGACUCCCUCCUCGAUGGACAACCCCCCGAAUAUGUUGUCGGUUCUCGAGGGGGAGGCGCAGAACGACGUGGAUGACAUAUUCCCACCGCAUGUUGACACUACGAAUAUCGUAAUACAACCAGAAUCGCCAACGAGUAAGAAGCAACCACUGAAAACCUUCAAAGAGAUCAAUGCACUUUUACAAGCAUCCAAGAAGAGGGAAGUGAAGUUAAUUAUAAGGGAGAACGCUUGGCCCUUAAACAACGGCAUUAGGGCACAACUUUGGCCAGCUCUUUGCAAUCAGUAUGCUCAUGGAAAAAAUAUGCUUGAUGGAUUUUAUUGGGACAUGGUGAAUCAAGUCUUUGGAACUACAGAGUUACCUGAAAAGUCAAUCAUGUUACCGCCAUUCGUCGAUAGCACGCAUUGUCUAUCGUAUAAUUUAACGAGAAAAGGUAGAAGCGUCGCUGACCGAGUUGUUUCUGUUCUGGGAUAUGCUUGUCCUGAUAUUACUUAUAGUCCAUCGUUAUAUCCUAUUACUGCUCUUCUAUUACACUUUAUGCCAGAAGAAGAAUGUUAUCACUGUAUGGCCAGUUUAGUAGCUGUAAAAGAAAAAAUGUUUAUUACGCAAACAAAGCUUCUUUACGAAGUUACAUGGAAAACUGUAGAGCAAAUAACUAAAAAACACGUUAAAUCAGCUGCAGUACAUUUAGCGAGGCAUUGCUCUGGUCCAAGGGCAGAAAGAAUUUAUAUGGAUUGGAUUUGGUGGAUUCUUCAACUUCUUCCAUUUCAACAUCUUGUUAGAGUAAUAGACUGCUUCUUACACGAAGGCAUUAAGGUAUUCUAUCGAGUAGCUAUGGCAAUUGUCCUACUAUUUUACAAACAUUCGUCGUCACAAAAUUCGGAAUGGAUGCUUGAAAUAACUAACAAAGGCGUCGAUGCUGCUCUUUCUAAAUUUUGCAUACAAAUACCAGUAACGCCAGCAAAAUUCUUACGAACUGCAUUUGGAAUUCGUGGACUUAGUUCGGCAUACAUAUCACGAGUGUUCUUGCGCACAGAAAUGGCUUUGAAAAGUAGAAACUUAUUGACAGGCUCCAAGACAUUAACGAGAUCUCGAUCGACGGAUAACCUGCCUACGAGUCAAUCUCAAGUCAACAUCCAAAUGAUGUCUCAUACAUUGACAAUAAGAGAAAAAGAGUGCGAAGACACGUACAAAGACAGGGGUGCUCACAGUCCUGGACCUAGAGCUCUCUCAAUGGGUGUUUAUCCCAUACAAAACAUAUGCUCCCAGAUUCUUGACAUGCCUGAUUUAUUCACCUUAUGGUCAUGGCUACCUAUGAGGAUAACCAUGUACCAACCAAUUUUGCUGUACACAACCGAAGAACACGGAUGUUCUUUGACAACAUUUUAUGUACGCGUUGAACAACACGAACCAACUCUUUUAAUGAUAAAGACAUGUAAUAACGAGGUUUUUGGAGCGUAUUGCUCGACAAGAUGGUGUGAACGUAAUUUAAAGGAUGAUAAAGGUCAAAGACAAGCAUAUUUUGGUACAGGAGAAACAUUCCUGUUUAGUUUGUAUCCAGAAAGAGCAAAGUAUCCAUGGGUAGGCAUGGAUUCUUCGCACAAUGAUACUAGAGUACAUCAUUCGGCUGAAUUAUUUAUGGCAGCUGAUUCCAAAAUGAUAACAAUUGGAGGAGGGGAAGGCCAAGCUAUUUGGAUGGAUGAAAACAUAAGAUUUGGCAAAACCGAUAGGUGCUCAACAUUUAAUAAUCCACCUUUAUGUGCUAGCGGUGAUUUCGAGAUCAGGGUACUCGAGGUAUAUGGUUUCGCCGGUGCUUAAUAACGAAAGAAACAAGAAACAAACAAAAAACGGAAAGUAAACAAAACCAGUUGCCAUAUAUCGAUUAUUUCAUUUCUUACUGCCAUUUAGCGACUCUCUAGAUGUAUGAGUGCGUAUAGUAUAUUCAUACACAUAUAUGUUGGCUUAUAUAUACAUUCUUGAUUAUGGCUUUGACUCAUCAUCUAUAUGUGUUAACGUCUUGUGUCCACAAUAAAGUGAUUACUGAUGAUAUAUAUAGUCAUAUAUAUGGUGGUCAUAUAUAUAUCCUCUUGGUCACUUGAUAAAUAUUCAAACUUUAAGAGAAUACAUAUAUAAAUAUUCUGUCACAACGAGUUAAUCAAAAAAUUUUAAAAAGCAAAAAAAGAAAACCAGGAUAUAAGAUCUAAUAGAUGAUUCUUACAUCAGCUUAAAUUUUCACGUGCUCUUUUCUUUUCUUUUUUCUUCUUUCUUUUUUCUUCUUUUUUUCUUACCGAUGCUUGAUUUCCGUUGAGAGUAUUUGUCUGAUACAUACAUACAUACACACACACAAACACACACAAACACACAUAUCCAUAAACAUACGUUGUUACGAACUCAAUUAUUAUAGCUCCAAUUAAAAGAUACGCUUGUAUCAAUAGGAGUGUCGCUUUUUACACGAAAACGAAUUUCGACAAUAAUCGCAGCAUAUAUAUAUACAUAUAUAUAUAUACAAGAAUGGUAUGUGUUAUUUAUGUUCGUUAUUUAUGAAUAGUUCAUAUUCAUCGAGCUAGUAAAUAUUGUUAUAUAUUUGUGUAUAUAGUUAAAUAGAUAGAUAUUGUAUGUAUAUUAUAGAUUACUUCAUUACGUCCACGAUUCAUUACUUUUGCAAUGUAUUAAUCUUUUCACGCGCAUUAGUUUUUUUUUAUCUUAAAAAUUUAUUUAUCUUAUUGCUAAUUUCGAUCAUCUAUUAAAAAAUGUGUACGAAAAAGGAGUAUUGACAAAAUUCAUAUUUAUAAUACAUAACUAGCCUUAUAAAUAUCUAUGAAUCUGUUACGCAAGUAUAAGUCCUCUUGUAUAAGUAUAUAUGCGAGUUUGAAAUCGUAUGUAGCUAUCUAUUGUAAAUAUUAUAAAUAUUAUGUAUGUUGUGCACACAGAUAGAUAUCACGAAGAGUGAAUUAAUAUGAUUUUGAAAAAUUAU